CACACCACCUCGCGGCAACAUCGCAGACGCGCAAAACCACCAGCACUCGAACCAGCACACGUUAUUCUCUAGAUUCCGCCGCGAUAAUGUCUGACUACGGCGGCGACGACUACGAUGGCGGUGCGGGAGACAUCGAGGAGCCUCUCAUCGAGUUCGACGAGGAAGCCGAGCCCGAUCUCAUGGACGACGAAGACGACCAGCCCGGCGGCGGCGAGGACCCAGACAACGCCGACCCCAACGACGACAACGUAGUGGUUUCGGGCGACGCCAACGCGGCGGCUGCAGCCAGAGAGGCGGCCAAGAACACGGUUACAAGUGAAAAGGACAAAAAGGUCCCCAACGACAAGCGCACGACCACCCCAUACAUGACCAAGUACGAGAAGGCGCGUGUGCUCGGUACAAGAGCGCUCCAAAUCAGUGGAAACGCGCCUGUUUUGAUUGAUGUGGAAGGCAUGACGGACCCGCUGCAGAUUGCUGCCAAGGAGCUGCAAGAGAAGAAGAUUCCGCUGGUUGUGCGGAGAUAUCUGCCUGAUGGCUUCUACGAAGACUGGACUUGCGAAGAACUCCUGACCUAGAAAACAGUCUGGUGGGUUGCAUUGGGCAUGGAGUUUGAUUUGCUGGUGAAAUAUGGGGCAUCUUGGCGAAUGGAGUCUGUCGGCGUGGUUGCGCAAUUAUAUCCCGAAUCUCAUCCGAUUCCCGUUAACUCCAAGCCUUCUCCGUUGCAUGUGCGGACCCGCGGAUCUGAUUCCUUGAACGAGCCAAAAGAUUAGACCAAGGUGGGGUAGCUUAACGUAGCUAUUCAUUCCCCCGCACUAAUUCC